AACGCAACUCCCUCGCAAAUGCCGAGAGGGAUACGAGACCGGGAUAACAUAUGUCGUCCUCCCCUCUCAAAAUGUCGGGGGCCUCUUCCUCCUUCGAAACACUCCACCGCACGCACCUCACCCACGCAGUCCAGCAAUCACGGUUCCUAUUCCAGUGCACCCGAUCUCCGCCUCAGAUAUUGUACGGGGUCCCUCCGGGAUAGGAUUGCCGUGUAGUAUCGGUGCCCCACUCGAAACUUUUCCAAAGAAAGAUAUUUCAUCCCCAGAGGCUGAGGAACGGGGCCUGAGAUUCCAAGUUUACAAGACACGCAGAUUUACAAGAACCCGGUUUCAGCGUGCGCACUCGUGGUAAGUGCAAUGCGAUCAGGCUCCUUCAUCUCCGCUCCUCGAAUUGUACCGUACAUCUUUCCUCCCCCCUCGGUCCCAGCCACAUCCUGUACCGCGCUUUAAUAGGAAAAAGAGUCCUCGCCAUCGCACACCACUGGCUUGAGGAACAGUCCUACCUCAGAUGCCAUACUGUGCAGUGCAUCUAGCAGUGUAACGUCUUGUCCGGCAGAUGUACCCGUACGUUCGAGUCAAGAGGCCAGGAGGGGGAGCAAAAAAAUGGUGGGAACUUUAGAACACUCUACUCCACAGUGCAAGUAUUGUGCGCGGAACACGCAUAUGGGCUACGGGCACAAAUACCACCAAAUUGCGUCAGGAACUUUCACGACGUGGCCAACAAGUCUCCGCACCGCACUUUGCAGACCCUUCCGCAUACAAGUAUCAUUAUAGUCUAGCGAUCGGUUGGGGAAGAAGGCUAACCCCGACUAGUACCCGUGCUCUAGUAUCUUAGUCACGGAACCCCAAGAAAGUCUCGGCAUUCUUACCACAAAGUCUCACUCGCGCGGAGCUGAGCUUAUCCACCUUUCCCCUGUCCGCGAUAACGGUAGUAGGAUAGGGAUGAAUAAUUAGGCUGCCGGUCUCACAGCUGGAUUUGAAAAACGCCGGUACCGAGGUGGGGUCAACCUGCGUGGUACAGUACCGUACCUUUUUAUUUAUUUUUUAUGUUACGAUUUAUCCAUUCGAUAUCUCUCAUUCAUGUGCCCUAAUCGGUAUCUACACUCGUACUUGUAUCCCCGCAAAUGCAGGGGAUUGGAGUGGGUGGGUGGGAGGAGGGUUUAAAGGAAGUGUGGUAGCAUCCUGACUGCACUCAGCUACGGUAACCGGGGGAUGACGGUAUGGUACUGUACUGCUUGCAUCGUUGGCGCAAGAGGAAGAAGGUCAGAAAGAAGGUGAAGAGGGAAAACCACUGGUAGAGUACUAUAUGGGAUGAUCCGUCGGUUGGGAUGAAAGGGGAAGGAGAAAUAAUGUCAAAAAGGGGAAUCGAAGUAGCUAGCUAAAUUAGCUUUGCCGGAAAAAACAUCCAUGACUACAGCACCGUACAGUACAGUACACUUUUGACAAAAUAAAAAUAAUAAUGAUGAUAAUAAUAAUGCUGAUGCUGUCAUGAUUGAGGGUAUGAUACCCUGCUACAUACCAGUAUCAUGCCUGCGCUGCGAGCUAUAGCGUCCUCAACCCGAACCGCCACUGCACGAGUACUCGUACCGUACUGUACCCACAUUGAAGGGCCGGAGAAAACGCCGCGAGUCCCCGAAAAUGGACAAAUAAACACGGCGAUCCCGACAAAACCAAAUCUGACUCUGGUUUUUUUUUUGU